AUGUCCCAGCAACAUACUCUGCCAGUGACCCUGCCCCCUGCCCUUAGUCAGGAGCCCCUCAAGCCUGUUUCUCCUCCAACUGAUACCCAGCAGGAGCAAGUGAAGCAGCCAACUCCACUUCCUGCCCCAUGCCAGGAGGUGGCCUCCGAGCUCCCAGGGGAGGUCCCCUUGGAGCACGGGGAGAAACACACAACUCUUGUGAAGGGGGUGCCCGAGCAAGACUGUGAGCAGCAGCAGCAGGAGUCACAGCAGCAGGAACAGCAUCUGGAACAGCAGCAGCAGCAAGAGGCACAGGAGCAGGAACCGAACCUGGAUCAGCAGCAGCAGCAAGAGGCACAGGAGGAGAAACCGCACCUGGAACAGCAGCAGCAGCAAGAGGCACAGGAGCAGGAACAGCACCUGGGACAGCAGCAGCAGCAAGAGGCACAGGAGCAGAAACCCCACCUGGGACAGCAGCAGCAGCAAGAGGCACAGGAGCAGAAACCCCACCUGGGACAGCAGCAGCAGCAAGAGGCACAGGAGCAAGAACCGCACCUGGAACAGCAGCAGCAGCAAGAGACACAGGAGCCAGAACUGCAUCUGGGGAAGCAUCUGGAACAGCAGCAGCAGCAAGAGUCACAGAAGCAGGAACUGCACCUGGAUCAGCAGCAGCAGCAGGAGCUACAAGAGCAGGAAGUGCAGCAACAGGAACAGCAUGAGGACCAUCAGAAAGCAGAAAACCUGGCGCAGCAGCUAGAGCAGGAGAACGCACAAAGGGAGCAGCAGCUAAAGGAACAGCUGGAGGAGGACAAGAGGCUCUUGGACCAGCAACUGGAUCAAGAGCUGGCAAAGAGUGAUGGACAGCUGGAAAAGAAAGAAGAGCAGCUGCUGGAGCACCUGGAGAAGCAGCAAGAGCCCGCAGAGCAGCAGCAGGGGCAGCGGCGGCAGCCUGUGUUUGUCCCAGCUCCUGGCCAGGUCCAAGAGACCCGGCCAGUCCAGCCACUGAAGGAAGAAGUCUUGCCCCCUGCAGAGCAGCAGCAGCAGCAGCAGAAGCAGUAG